AUGUCAAUCUUACUCUGUUUCAUCUUCUUAUUAACCCUUUUCAUAAUCUUCUUGAAAAAUCUCAAGCCUUCGAAAUGGAAGCUUCCUCCGGGACCAAAGACGCGUCCGAUCACCGGAAACUUACACAACCUCCAAGGAGCCCUUCCUUUAUGUCUUCAGAAUCUUUCCCAAAAGUACGGACCAGUGAUGCUUCUUCGGUUCGGAUUCGUGCCCAAGGUGAUUAUCACAUCGAAAGAAGCAGCAGAGGAAGUUCUAAGGAUCCAAGAUCUUCAAUGUUGUAGCCGACCAAAGACAGCCGGGUUCCGAAUGGUCUCUUACAACUGUAAAGACAUCGGAUUCGCGCCAUACGGUGAGGAAUGGAGGACGAUACGAAAGAUCUCGGUUGUCGAGCUCUUCACCGCAAAAAAGAUUCAGUCUUUCACACAUAUCAGAGAGGAAGAGAAUGACUUGUUGGUCAAGAAACUUUCUGAAUCUUCUCUGACACGACCUACCGUGAACUUGAAGAAAACCCUUUACACGUUAGUCGCGAGUAUUGUGUGUAGGGUCGGAUUCGGGCUAAAUCUCCACGAGUGCGAGUUCAUGAAUGAAGACAGCGUCACUGAUGUUAUGAAUAAAAUGGAUUUAGUCCAGACGGUUCCUCUGUACUCUGAUACUUAUCCUGGAAGGAUGGGAAGAUUCGUCGAUUGGAUCUCCGGCCAGAAGAAGAGAUCGGGGAAUUAUUUCUCGGAUGUCAACACUUUCAAUCAGAAUAUUCUCGAUGAUCAUCUUAAGCCUGGAAGGAGAGUGGAAGAGAGCUCUGAUAUAAUCGACGUGAUGAUCGAUAUGAUGAGGAAGCAAGACGAAGACAAAGAUGGAGACUCUUUCAAGCUAACCACAGAUCAUCUCAGAGCAAUGAUUGGGGGCAUAUUUCUAGCAGGAGUAAGCACAAGCGCCUCCACAAUGAUAUGGGCAAUGACAGAGCUGAUCAGAAACCCUAGAGUGAUGAAGAAAGUGCAAGAAGAGAUUCGGACAACGCUUGGGGACAAGAAGGAGAGAGUCACAGAAGAAGAUGUCACCAAACUACAUUACUUCAAGUUAAUUGUUAAGGAGACAUUAAGGUUACACCUACCAGCUCCGUUUUUGCUCCCAAGAGAGACAUUGUCUGACAUCAAGAUCCAAGGCUAUGAUAUUCCCGCCAAAACUCAGAUCUUGAUCAACGCUUACGCGAUUGCACGCGAUCCAAAAUACUGGGAAAACCCCGAUGAGUUUAACCCAGACAGGUUCCUAGACAGUUCCAAAGAUUACAAAGGACUUCACUUUGAGUUUAUACCUUUUGGAUCUGGUAGGAGAGUCUGUCCAGGGAUGGGGACGGCAAUCACCAUUAUGGAAUUGGGUUUGUUGAAUUUGCUUUACUUCUUCGACUGGGGGUUGCCGGAGAAGGAAGAAGGUGACGAUAUAAUCACUAGGAAUGAAGUUGCUCUUGACCUCGUUCAAGUUAUUCCCCACUGA